UCCGCGCUAGAGGAUGCAGAGCGGGGUGGUGCGCGCCAACUGCAUGGACUGCCUCGACCGCACCAACGUGCUGCAGUUCUUCGUGGGGCUGGAGGCCCUCAAGCGGCAGCUCGCCGCGCUGGGGCUGCUGCCCGAGUCGCGCCUGGAGCAGGGCUCACAGCUCGUGAGCGUGCUGAUCGAGCUCUACGACCUCAUGGGCGACCACUUGGCCCUGCAGUACGCCGGUUCGAAGGUCCACAAGAAGUACCAGCUUCUGGGCAGCCGGCCGCGCAUGAUGCCCAGCUCGAAGGAGCUGGUCGUCUCGAUGCACCGGCACUACAGCAAUUCCUUCACAGACGAGCAGAAGCAGGCGUCGAUCAACCUCUUCUUGGGUGUGCACCAGCCGCAGAACCACCCUUCCCUGUCCGUCCUGGACUGCGACAGUUUCAUCCACCACGCCCCCCUGCGCUUGGACUUCCACAACGGGGAGUGGUGGGAGCUGCCCCUGCAGGUCUUUGAAGACACUGCGCGCGCGCUGCGGUCGUUGCCGUUGGGGGCAGCCCUGCCGACCGACGAGAGGCGCUGGUUUGGCAUCGUCCACAAGUGCUGGAAGUUCACCGACUGGGAGAAGCGCCUGGCCGACCAGGAGUCGACCUCCGUGCAGAUCCUUGCCCCCACCGACGCAUCUGGACGCCAGCUCUCGGAGAACCGGCACUACAGGAUGGUCAGCCAGCAGCGAGGCGCGGGCGGGGGCCUGUCGACGUUGCUGGCGGUGGCCGCCAGCGAGGCGCGCCAGGAGGCCACGCUGCCCGCGGCUGCGCUCCCGCCCGCGCCCGCCGACUCGGAGGCGGAGUACCGCGCGUACCUGAACCAGAAGGCUCUCGGUUGGCACAUCUGGCUGCCGCGCGAGUACAGCACAGCGGAGCGCGUGGACCUGGGCCUCGUCCUUCCCCUCCCCGAGCUCCAAGACCAGGUGGUCGGGGACCCGGGGGCGCGCGACCUGCAGGCUCGGCCCCGCCGCCGUCGCCGCCCCCGCUGACCCUGGGGCGUUUCGCGUCGUUUUCGUUCGGGCGUCGAGUAAUGGGAAGGUCUUCCUCCUUUCCUCCUCCCCCUCCUCCUCCUCCUCCUCCUCCUCCUCCUCCUCC